AACGACUCUGACCAAUCAGGAGCAGCUCGGUGCCGCUUUCCGGAAGGAAACUGGAGAGCAACAGCGAGCCAGCUGUGCCCCAAGUGCAGCCGCUAGCCACACGACUCGAGUAAAACUUAACAAUGUCCCUAACCGUGGUGAGGUCCUCGUACAGACUGAGCUCCCUCUGCAGCCUGCGCAGAAUCCAAGGACACAUGAUGUCCAGUCAGGCAGGAGCAGAUGUUCUAAUGGAGAAAGUGGGUAAUGCAGGUGUGAUCACCUUGAACAGACCCAAAGUCCUGAACGCCCUCAACCUGCCCAUGAUCCGACACAUCUACCCCCAGCUCAAGAAAUGGGAGAAAGAUGACGAGACUGACCUUGUCAUUAUCAAAGGAGCAGGUGGGAAGGCUUUCUGUGCUGGUGGAGACAUCAGAGCGGUCACAGAAGCAGGGAAGGUGGGUGACCCUCUUGCACAGGACUUUUUCCGUGAGGAGUACAUCCUGAACCAUGCCAUUGGAACGUGCAAGAAACCAUAUAUUGCCCUUAUUGAUGGAAUAACAAUGGGCGGGGGCGUGGGUCUGUCAGUCCACGGACGGUUUCGGGUGGCCACUGAGAAGACGCUGUUUGCCAUGCCGGAGACUGCCAUUGGAUUGUUCCCUGAUGUGGGAGGUGGCUAUUUCCUGCCAAGGCUCGAGGGGAAGUUGGGUCUGUUUCUGGCCCUGACAGGCUUCCGUCUCAAAGGACGUGAUGUACAGCGAGCCGGAGUGGCCAGUCACUUUGUAGAGGCUCAGAAAAUCCCAGCCCUGGAAAAGGAGCUGGUGCACUUGAAGUCUCCCUCUGCUGAAGAUGUCUCCAGACUGUUAGAUUCCUAUCAGAGCCAGAGCGGCCUGGAUGCUGAGAAGCCUUUUGUUUUAAAGGAGCACCUGGCUGACAUCAACAGGCUGUUCAGCUCCAGCAGCGUGGAGGGCAUCCUGCAGAACCUGAAGGCGGAUGGCUCGCCAUUCGCUAAGAAACAAGCUGAGACCCUGUCCAAGAUGUCUCCCAUAUCACUGAAGAUCACCUAUAAGCAGCUGCAGGCGGGCGCCUCUCUGAGCCUGCAGGACGUGCUGGUGAUGGAGUACCGACUCAGCCAGGCCUGCAUGAGAGGCUGUGACUUCUAUGAGGGCGUAAGAGCUUUGCUCAUUGACAAGGACCAGAGUCCCAAGUGGAAUCCGUCAUCGUUGGAGGAGAUUUCAGACCAGAGUGUGGAGGAGUGCUUUUCCUCACUGGGACAGAAGGACCUGCGUUUCUGAGUAAAAACAGCUACUUCCCACUUCACUCCCUCACCACCAAGCCUCCUCAAAGUGGCUGCAUCCCACUCAGCUUCCUGUCCUCUCCCCCCUCCGUUCACGGUCAGUCACACAGAGGACUGCUGCUGUGGAUGGAUGGUUACAAAGGAGCCAGAGUGUUUGGAUAGUCUGCGUUUCAAAGCCGACACUGUAAACAUAUGUUUUAGACGUGUACACAGUUUAAUCCUAGACUACAAAACAGAAUUUUGUCUCUUCUGAAACUCAUCCUUCAUCUCGCUCGUGGAGCUCAAUGAAAUGUUACAAGAAAACUUAGAUUCACAGGCUGCUCCGGUGCAGCCCAGGAGAGGAGGCUCUGAUUUUUUUUGCUCACAGCCAGAAAUAGAAAAUAGUAGCAGUAACCAGCUGACAGAUGCCCUGGGUGUCACAGAUAUAAAUACAGUAUGCUGUUUUACUGUAAACAUGUUCUGCAUUGGAAGUGGAGCCUUUCUCUACACAUUAUCAGUGUCUGAAUAUCCUUCAGCGUACUGAGGAGCAAGCCACACAGCAGCAUUGCAUUAACAAGAAGACAUGGGAGUGUGUGUGUGUGUGUGUGUGAGUGUGUGUGUGUGUGCGCAUGUGUGCGUGCAAGAGUGAUCUCACCACCGAGUGCUUUAUUACAUUUCCUGUGGAUGAUUGUUCAUGUGAAAUGUACCAGUAUCCACUGGACUUGUGCAGUGUGCUCACUUGUGCUAACAUAGGAAAUGUGUUGUUUUGAUUUCUGUCAUUCUUGCCAGUUUUGUCCUCAUGAACAACCCUGUAGGCUUCUUGUUCAGAGUACCUGCAGUUCUGGAAAUAUCACACGGAUAUUAAGUAUUCUGCCAUAUCCAGUUCAUAUGUACAUGUCUGGCUAUGUUACAUGGACAUGAGCAACACUCCCAAGGUAACUGAUGGACGUGAAGUACGUGACUGUAUUUUAGGAAACAGAUUUGAUUUCCAGUCUUUGAAACCCACUGCACAAGGAACCCAUUUUGUGAAGCCUUUUUGAUUAUGCUCCCUCCCUAAAGCCCCCCCUCCCCUUUUUAAUAGCUGCAUCGUUUAUGAAGCAACCACAGUCAAAUUAGACAGUGAUGUUGAAAUAAACUGCAACAGAGAGUGUUGGUAACUUCUUUUGUGUUUUCAGUAUACAUGCAUGCUGUACCGGGAAAAGUACCACUCCAGUACUUUGUGGUUGUCAAAGAAGAAUUAUGCUUCAUAAGGGUAGGGUAUUUUUUUAUGCCAUGCCUAUAAAGUGCCGCUGUAAAACAGUUAUAAAUCUUGGUAAUGACUUUUAUCACUGCAUGAAAGCUCUUUGGUCUUGCCUAGAUCUGAAGUCUGAAAAGAUAAACACAUAUUGUUCAGUUAUUAGUUAUUGUAUAUUGUAUGUUGGCGGUUAAUCUGGCAUAUUGUUUAUUUGACUGGUAAAAAAGUGAAAAGGUAAAAAGUCCUGAGUGAAUUCUGCUCAACACCAGCCUCACUGGCUGCUGGAUGACACGGCAUGUUUUUCUGUCUCAAGGGGAAAUUCAUAAUUAAAGCUACCACUACAGAUUUAGAUGCACUAGCAAAUAA